UGUGACGUCACUCUCCCAUCUCGCGAGAGUGUGACGAAACUGUGGGAGAGCUGGCCUGCGGGAGCUGAGGAGCUGGGAAAGUUUGGACUUGUGAGAUGGAAGCUAAUGCAGGGGAUGAGGGCAUUCACUUUCAGAACUACCCUUUUGAUUUCCUGGAGUUCUUAAACCAUCAGCGCUUUGAGCCUAUGGAAUUGUACAACCACCAUGAACAUGCCAAGGCUGUAGCAGCACUUCCGUGCGCUCCCCCUCAGUACGAAUAUAAUCAUCAGACCCAGCCCAAUCACGUUCAGUUUGCAAGCACUAGCACUUCAAAACCUAAAGAAUUUAAAGUUGAAGCCCCCCCUUCCUCUUCACUUUCUCCCUCCAAAAAGCCAGAUAUAGCUACCACCCAGCAGUUCAACAAUCAGCCUCCAAUCACAACUACCCAGACAAUUUUUGACAGUACUUUCAACGCAGCACAGUGGGGAAUUGUUGAUCUAUCGAGCCACCAACAUCUUUUCAACAAUUUAAAGCGUAGCCUCCCUGUGGCUCAACAGUUGCCAGCUGAAGACGAGAAUAAGGACGAUAAAAACUACUUCCGACGCCUGAAGUAUCUCAUUGACCGUCGCUUUCCUUGCACAGUGUGUCAAAAGUCAUUUAAGCAAUCAUCACAUCUAGUACAGCACAUGCUGGUGCACACUGGUGAAAGGCCCUACGAGUGCAAUACUUGUGGGCGCACAUAUAAUCACAUCUCCAGUUUGAUAAGGCACAGACGUUGUCAUAAAGAGGAAACAGAAGCUGAGGUAACUAAUUCUGUCCCACCCCCAGACGGAGAGGCAGCAGCAGCUGCCGCAGUUGUGGCAGCAGCUGCGGCUGCAAUGUCCGAGGCAGCUGCUGGGUCUGCUGAGAUGCCUGUAACCGGCAGUGAGCAGAGUAUUCCCUUACCUCAGGAUGGGCCAUUCACGUGCACUCUUUGCUGGAAGGUGUUUAAGAAACAAAGCCAUCUUCAUCAGCACCAGAUUAUACACACAGGAGAGAAACCAUUCAGUUGCAGUGUGUGCGCAAAGAGCUUUAAUCGCCGUGAGAGUCUAAAACGUCAUGUAAAGACUCAUUCUGACUCCAUGAAAGUUCAGUGUGAGGUAUGUGGAAAAUCAUUUCGGGACACUUCAUACCUGUUGAAGCACCAAGCAACACAUACAGGUGAGAGGCCAGAUUACAAAUGUGAAUUGUGCGGAAAGUCUUAUGCUGCCCCCCAGAGCCUUUUGAGACAUAAACAGGUUCAUGAGCAAGGCCUUGCAUUGCAGCAGCCAAUGGUGCAGCAGCAGCAGCCCCUCAGCGAGGUGAUUAAAGAACCCACAUCAUCAGUUACAAUAGAAGCAGCUUCACUUCUAGGUACAGAUGUAUCAAACGUUGGUCCAGCUGCUAUUAGUGUAAUUGGGAAAAUUGGAUCCUUUUUCAGUCAGUCUUCUUUACAGAAACCGCCUUCUGUAAUUAACAAUGCCAACAAGAAUUUCUGCUGCAAUGUUUGUGGGCGUGGCUUUGGCAGGCGGGAAACUCUCAAGCGACAUGAACGCAUUCACACUGGAGAGAAGCCACAUCAGUGUUCAGUUUGUGGGAAGCGAUUCAGAGAGUCAUUUCACCUCACUAAACACCAUGUAGUGCAUACCAGAGAGCGGCCAUAUAAAUGUGAGUUGUGUGGAAAGGUGUUUGGCUACCCUCAGAGCCUGACCCGCCAUAAACAGAUCCACAGACUCCAGCUACCUUGUACCGUGGCAACUGGUACUCUUCCACCAGACAGACUUACUUUUGGAUGUACAGAUUGCGGAGAGAGGUUUCCAGACUCUUUUCACCUAAUGAACCACAAGGAGUUGCACAUGAAUGAGAAGCCUUAUGUGUGUGAUACGUGUGGUAAAUGUUUUGGAUUUAUUGAAAACUUAAUGUGGCACAAGCUAGUACAUCAGACAGCAGCAGAGCGUCUCCAUCCUAUAAGUCAGUGUCAAGAUGUAGCAGAAAGCCAACAAGUAAAUUGUUUAGAGACUACUGCCCCUAGUGAUGUCUCUGGAGCUGAAGUUGCUGCAGCAGCAGCAGCUGCUGGAGUUGUGGCCUCUCCUUUUGAGGAACACCCUGUGGUCCCCAGCGGGGAGCGAUUUUCAUGCAGUAUUUGUGGUCAAAGUUUCAAGCACUUUCUCGGCUUGGUCACACAUAAGUAUGUUCACUUAGUAAGACGCACUCUUGCUUGCAAUGUAUGUGGACAGAAUUUUGCAGGUGCUUAUGAUCUGCUACUUCAUCGCCGCACCCACUUGCAGAAGAGGCAUUUCACUUGUUCUGUGUGCGGAAAGCGUUUUUGGGAAGCAGCUCUCCUCAUGCGUCACCAGCGUUGCCAUACUGAAGAAAGACCUUACCGCUGCACCAUUUGUGGCCGUGGCUUCUUGCAUUCUUGGUAUCUUCGCCAGCACAAAGUGGUGCACACUGGGGAGAGAGCAUACAAGUGUGCUCUCUGCAACAAACGAUUUGCCCAGUCAUCUAGUUUGGCAGAACAUCAGCGGUUGCACAUAGUGGCUCGCCCUCAGCGGUGCCCGACCUGUGGCAAGACUUUCCGUUACCGUUCCAAUCUCUUAGAACACCAACGUGUGCACUUAGGUGAAAAGGUUUACCGCUGUGACCAGUGCGGGAAGAGUUUCUUUUACAUUUCCUCCAUCCUUCGGCACCAACGUUCCCAUGAUGCUAAACCAGACCUGCGUUGUUCUUGUUGCCUCAAGCUUUUUAAGGACCCUAAGUAUUUUAGUAAACAUGUGCAAACCCACCAGGGUGGUCGGCCUUUCAAAUGUGGAGCCUGCGGCGAGGCCUUCAGCAAUACCUAUGGACUGAAGAAGCAUCGGCAUGCACAUAAAAUGGAGAGAUUAGCUGCCGCCGCAACACUUGUUGAAGGACAGAAGACUUUGUAACUAGGUCCAUACUAGACAAACAUGCAAAUAUUAUAGCCUUGUUAUUGCUUCUCACUGACCACAUUUUCUGUAAAGUUCCCAUAAACUGUAACUAUAAGAGGGUUAAGAUAUUGUAAUUAGUCCACUUUGUGUGUUUAGAUGCAGUGUAACAGCAGACUGUGAGCAGAGCAAGUCAUCACCUGUGCUGGACUGGUCAGUAUCUGUUCAUGAAUAUCAAAACCUUCGCUGCUGUAAUAUCGGCUACAAAUAAUGAUGAAAUAUAUAUUCAGUGCUGUGAAUUGCUGCCAUUAUCAUUUUCUACUGUUGAGAAUGGUAAAACGCAAACGUAAUGUACAAACUUAAAAUAAAUGCUAUAAACUGUAAUAAUGUAAUUUACCCAAGAGAACAGUGAAUCAGAAAAUUCUGAUGGUCGUAAAACGGGUCCAUUCCUUAUGUAGAUGUAAAAAAAAAAAAUGGUUGUUGUGCAUUUAUAAAUGAAGGACUCGAUAAAAGGCAUUAUGUAUCAUCUAACCAAAGAAAGUAUGUAAGUAGUAGGCUAUGCUAACAAUGUUAUUGGCUUCACUAAAAUACAACAAAUCAUUUUGUGCAGGGUUUGUUGGUUACAGAACUUGACAUCAACGCUUUGCAUUUUUUGUUGAACUGUUGGGUAAUGUCUGGGUGAGCACCUUGCCCUUCCCACCCUUUCAGAUUUCAAUGCGCUGGAACAGAAAUACCCCUCAAUGUCUGCUUCUGUACAGGGAAGAAGCAUGCAUACACAAACUGGCAGCGUUUGAGUACACUAUGUAUUAUUUACAUACCCCCUUUCCUAGGUCUCGAAUCUAUUAGAUCCGUUUGUUUAUUCUUUUUGUUUUUAAUCCAAAGUAUUAUACAAUGUAUACAUCUGUUUUCAUUGAAACACAUCCUAUGUUCACUGACUGUAGGAUUGCAUUUCUAGGCCAAAACUAUUAAGCAGCUAUAAAAAAAACAAAAACUCAGGGCUAUUCUGUUGAUACAUUUUAAUCAGCUCAAAUCUUAUCUGUUCCACUAAACAGUUUGCACCUUUUUUGCUAAAUGUAUGCACUGAAAUCAGCUCAGUGUGCCUAUACCUGGACAGGUGCAAUGGCUCCAGGUACAGGCAAAGCACAUUAAUAAGCUUUUUAAAGCGUAGUGGUGGAUUCUCCCACUGCGUUUAUCCUCAGGCCAAGAAUUUGCCCCAUGUAGUAGGAGCUUUAGAGUCAGACAGUGUAGAAGGAUUUGGUAAGACACCCCUGGCAGUCAGUGUGACACUUAACUAUAGAAUUGUUGGAACAGAGGGGAAUGCAUAUGUAAAACAUCAGUUUAUGUAGGCAGUCAAGGAAACAAAGUAAGUUGGGAUUUUUGGUUUGGGUUGAAUGACGGCACAACAGAAGGGUUCUAGAAGAAGGGUAGCUGUGGCAAAGGAGAAUUAAUGGUCUUUAUGCAAGGCAAAAUCUUCAAACAGGCAUCUGUUGUUGCCAUUUCCCAGUCUCUUGCACUUGCAAUAUCCAAACUGCUUAUAUCUGACAUUUGCUGUAUUUAGGCCAGUAUGGGCCUGAGAGAAGCUUCAGAUAAACACUGCUAGAGGGAAAGUAACUAUAUGAACAUUUGAAAAUGUUCUUUCUGCCCCAGCCUGCUUACCAAUAGAACAGGCGCUUGGGGAAGCCUAUAACAGGUCACUCGUUUGAUGGGGUCACCAGGGGACUUGGUCAACUGGGCCAACUUUCAGACAUAUUUGCCUAUGCAGAGGUAUCUGAAGAUGUUGAUGACUUGGUCUGGAGUGGCUCAGUUGGCAUCCAGUGUCUGCCCGGGUACAUCCAUCUUAAGGAUGGGCUUACUUGUAUUGGCAUUAUUCUUUAAUAUCACAAUUUGUGGGUGUGCUAGUUGACCUUUAAGACAUGAUUUUGGUACCACCAAAACAAGGAUUUAUUGUUGAGCUCUGUGAGGCAGAUUUCAGAAUUGUUGGGAUUAGUGAUGAGCGAAAUUUUUACUUCGGCCAUGGAUUUGCACCAAAUUUCCAUGUUUCGCCAUUGGCAGAUUUUUUCGCAAAACAGGAGCAAAAAUUAACUGCAGAAAAAUUCACUGCAUGAGGAAAAAAAGUUGUGUUAAAAAAAAAAAACGAGACAUAUUAGCUUAUCACUAUUGGGACUGUAACCCAACUAAUAUUUUAUUAAGUAGAACGAUUUUCAAGUUGGCUUAACGUUUACUCAUUUUACAUAAUAAAUGUUCAUUUCUAGGAGCCAGAGUAGCUCUGAUUGCUAUUAUGGUGUGACCUCUACCAACUCUUUGAAGCUAUAACAUUUGUAGGUCAUGUUUUUAUGAAAUAUACUGACCUACUUGCUGCCUUUUACAAAUGAUUAUAUUUAUUAAAUUCCAUCUCUCAAUGGCACGCAGCUAUGAAUUUUCCCUGCUUUAAAUGCAGUGCCAGAAUACCCCAAAUCCCCCCCCCCCCCCCCCCCCAUUGCUGGCAACUAAAAUUGUCAAAGUGUCUGCAAAAAUUAUAUGAUUCCUAUUUAAAGUGUGAUUUGAGGUGUCAUUGAGGCAAAAAAAAACAUGGCGGGCAAGAUGCCCAAAAUUGUUGUGUGCCGUAAACCUUUAUGUCACAAAGAAAGCCCUGCAUUAGGCAUCAUUUAUAACUACAUGUGCAGCGCUCCAUUUAUGAGGCAUUCACAGCAGAUGUGUCAAAAGUGAUGAAAAUUGUCAGCUUUGCUCACCAUCAAAAUGAGGUGUGGGGUCAGUUCCUUAGGCACUGUGUGUAUUGGUGCAGCCCACUGGGAACCCUGCAACUACCCCCCACCUUUACAGGUCAUGGUAACUCCAGGGUUCCCCUGAAUAAUAGGCGCACUUAUGCUUAUUUCCUAACAGGAGGCAAGGAGCAGACUUAGGGCUAUUUACCAUACAGUUUAAUCAGGUAAAAAUGCAUUUGUUUGUACUUACCAUUAUUUUGUUGGGUCAGUGUGACACCUGGCACUUGUACUUUAUUCAGAACAGGAGGCAAAUUAACUCGGUGGCGCAGAGUACCACUGUAUGGAAGUGCAGAUAAGUACCUUCAAUGAAUAGGAUUUUUUUUUGUGCAACUGCAGCCAGUUUUAGCGGCCCCACAACUUACAGUCUACUGCCUUCUGCCUCUGUAACUACUCAGUAUAAUGGCCUUUUUAACAUAACUGUCAUUUAAUAAGCUUAAUUGUGGUCCAGUUUUUUAAAAAAUGCCACGAGGUUAAAAAACUGUAUCAGAUCAUUUCAAAUUCUGAUUAAAACACUGUUAUUGUCUUUGUGCCAAUUUACUAUAUCCAAAUGAACCCAAAUAUCAAAUUUUCUGUGUUUUUUUGUCAGAUGUGUAUGCUGUACAACUGCACAUAUUCACUGCUUUUGUUUCAUAUGGAUUUUUAAUGACCCCCCCCCCCUUGCUUUUGACAUGGUUUUUAGUGUUCAAAUUAUUCAUGCAAUUUGUGAAGCUUUUCUUUUUGUAAUAUCCUUGCCAGUAUACAUUGUAGCAGCUACUGUCUGUUCUGUCUUGAGAACAGUCAAGACAAACCAGCCAUUAAACAAAGCAUUUUCAAAUGAUGGGCAUUUGUAAUACCAUUGUCUCUAAAUUAAAUACAGAAGUUACAUCAA